AAAGCUGAAAAGAAGAAAACAAGAUCCACCUCGAUCAUCCCUCCCUCCCUCUCUUCUCUCAGGUUCAGCUCCGACGGCCUUCCGUCCUCACCACCGCCGUCUCUGCCGGGCCGUCCUGGUCCCGGGGAGACCUAGCGGGAGGAUCUUGUUAAAGAUUGAAUAUUUGAUAUUCUUUUUUCGGCGUGAACCUGGUAUUUGGAAGUUGAUUAAUCUAGUCGAACUGGGUCGAUCACUAGAGCUCAUGUGGAACCGGCGCCGAACCGCGCUCGGUAUUCGGGCUAAACUGAACCUGCCCACCACCACCAUCAUCACCAAUUCUUUCUUUCCUUGGUUAAGCUAAAGUUUUCCCCUUUUUUCUCUGUUGUCGAUAUCUCUUUGCUUUCCUUUCCGACUUGUCUGCUCAAAAUCAGCCUUCUUCCCCCCGACAUCCCAAAAGGCAAGCAGCUGCAGAACAGUGGAACUGAGCUGGGCACUCUCCCAAAACCAACAGAAGCAAUGAGGGAAUCCGAUGAUUUGGCCAAUGGCAAUAAUUGGUUCUCCAAAUGGGAAGACGACCUCCCUUCCCCUGGCGAGCUCAUGCCCCUCUCUCAGUCCCUCAUCACCCACGACCUCGCCCUCGCCUUCGACAUCUCCACCAAUCUCACCCUCCGCCCCUCUCCCCCUCAGCCGCAGCCUCCCCCGAGGCCAUCCACUCACCCGCCCCCGCCUCCUCCCAGCACAGCCUCCCAGCCCGACUUUGCUGACAGCAGCGCCGAGAUGGGCUCGGGCGGGGACGAGCCCGCCCGCACCCUCAAGCGGCCCCGGCUCGUCUGGACCCCGCAGCUCCACAAGCGGUUCGUUGAUGCGGUGUCCCACCUCGGGAUCAAGAACGCGGUGCCCAAGACCAUAAUGCAGCUGAUGAGCGUGGACGGGCUGACCCGGGAGAACGUGGCCAGCCACCUGCAGAAGUACCGCCUCUACCUCAAGAGAAUGCAGGGCAAUGGUGGAAGUGGAGGCGGGGGCAACGGUGGAAGUGGCGGCGGCGGCGGGCUGUCUGCCGCGGGGGCAGAUCCUGCCACUGAUCACCUCUUCGCGAGCUCCCCCGUGCCACCCCAUUUCUUGCAUCCCGUCCGCCCAAAUUCGGACCACUGCUUGCCAUUUGUGCCGGUUGCAGCAUUGCAGCACCAUCAGAUGGCAGCUGUGGCAGCCCAUCCUGGGAUGCAGCCUCCCUACCAUAGGCUGGUGGGGCAAUUCGGGUCGCCGCCAAAUGGACAGUUUGACCAUUCUUUCCUGUCUAGGCCGGGCCACCCGGUGAAUAGAUUCGCUGCUACAAUUCAAAAUCCGGUGCAAUCUUAUGCGGAAGACUUGGAUUCAGCCAGUGCAAAUGGAGGGAGAAAGGUCCUUACUCUCUUUCCCGCGGGAGAUGAUUGAGUUUUGAUCCUUCCUGGUGCAUUAUUAGAACUACUGCGCCGUGUCCAAUUGAUGGGUGAAUCUGGGUUCAUAAGUACGGAGCAGCUCAUGGGCUUGAUCAGUUAGUCCUAGUCUUGGCAGCAAAUGUAGCUGAAUAUUGGUGAUGAAGCAGAGUUUGUUAUAUUUGUCAAUCUAUGUAGGGUCUCGGACCGGCUGAGUUACCUUCACCGCAGAGCUCUAUGCAGGGGAAGUCUACCACUUUUACUCCAAUUGAAGGUUCCUGGAGCGUCAAACAGGUCGAUCUUCAUCUUGUAGAGGGUAAUAAGUAAUCAGGUCGCUGCUGUUUGUGCUCUCUGAAAAAUUCAAGUCAGAUACUUGUAACUAUCGGGUGCGUGCUCGCAAUGAUGAGCAGCUUUCCCAUCUUCAUAUUUCCGAGCUUAUUUAUUAGUGUUCGAUGUGUAGGCAUGGCUGGACUUCUUGUACAUUGCGCUGAUUCCAUUGAAACUCUAAGCCCAACUUUUUAGAGGGAAUAUCAUAUCCUGAUCCUGUUAGGCUGUGGAGAAUUGUUAUAUAACCGUAUAAAAAUAUUGAGAAGGUUUACUUCCUUGAAAUUCUAAUUUUGCUUAUUCA